GUGCGGGCUUCCGGCGGUGCCCUCGUCGUCCCCGGCGGCGGUGAUCGAGCGGAGCGGGCUUGGGAGGGUCCCGCGCGCGCGGAGGCGUCGGCUGCGGCGUUGGAUCCGUCAACGUACUGCGAGAGCCCGGUGUACAGCCCGGACGUGUGCCCCAACAUGAUCGCGGCGCAGGCCAAGCUGGUGUACCAGCUGAACAAGUACUACACGGAGCGGUGCCAGGCGCGCAAGGCGGCCAUCGCCAAGACCAUCCGCGAGGUGUGCAAGGUGGUGUCGGACGUGCUGAAGGAGGUGGAGGUGCAGGAGCCGCGCUUCAUCAGCUCGCUGAGCGAGAUCGACGCGCGCUACGAGGGCCUCGAGGUGAUCUCGCCCACCGAGUUCGAGGUGGUGCUCUACCUCAACCAGAUGGGCGUCUUCAACUUCGUCGACGACGGCUCGCUGCCCGGCUGCGCCGUGCUCAAGCUGAGCGACGGCCGCAAGCGCAGCAUGUCGCUCUGGGUGGAGUUCAUCACGGCCUCGGGCUACCUGUCGGCGCGCAAGAUCCGCUCGCGCUUCCAGACGCUGGUGGCGCAGGCGGUGGACAAGUGCAGCUACCGCGACGUGGUCAAGAUGAUCGCCGACACCAGCGAGGUCAAGCUGCGCAUCCGCGAGCGCUACGUGGUGCAGAUCACGCCCGCCUUCAAGUGCACGGGCAUCUGGCCGCGCAGCGCGGCGCAGUGGCCGCUGCCGCACAUCCCGUGGCCCGGGCCCAACCGCGUGGCCGAGGUCAAGGCCGAGGGCUUCAACCUGCUCUCCAAGGAGUGCUACUCGUUGACGGGCAAGCAGAGCUCGGCCGAGAGCGACGCCUGGGUGCUGCAGUUCGGCGAGGCCGAGAACCGCCUGCUGCUGGGCGGCUGCCGCAACAAGUGCCUGUCGGUGCUCAAGACGCUGCGCGACCGGCACCUCGAGCUGCCCGGGCAGCCGCUCAACAACUACCACAUGAAGACGCUGCUGCUCUACGAGUGCGAGAAGCACCCGCGGGAGACCGACUGGGACGAGGCGUGCCUGGGCGACCGCCUCAACGGCAUCCUGCUGCAGCUCAUCUCGUGCCUGCAGUGCCGCCGCUGCCCGCACUACUUCCUGCCCAACCUCGACCUCUUUCAGGGCAAGCCCCACUCGGCCCUCGAGAGCGCCGCCAAGCAGACCUGGCGCCUGGCCCGGGAGAUCCUCACCAACCCCAAAAGCCUCGACAAGCUAUAG